GGGGGGAGAAGCAGAGGAGCAGAGCAGGAAGAGGUGAGUCAGCUGAGACUCCACUCAGUGUGCAGAGAAGAGAGCAGGAGGAGGAAGCUGAAGCUGUGGCAGGACUGACUCCAGAUCAGAAGAUGAGUGAUUUGGAGGAAGAGGAGGACGGAGCAGAGUCUGUAGUAUCAGGCUGUCAGUCUAUGAAGAGUGACCGGUCCAGAUUUGAACCUCCGACCUUCAGAAAAGAACCUGGACCCCCAGACACAAACCCUGGACCCUGGACCCGCAGAUACAAACCCUGGAUGAAUGCUGAGAUUAAAAAAGUCCAGAACCAGAGAAGGAGAGCCGACUCUGGACUAUCCAUCUGUCAGUCUCUGAAGAGUGACCGGUCCAGAUUUGAACCGCCGACAUUCAGUAAAGAACCUGGACCCCCAGACACAAAUUUCAGGCGUGUUGCUGUUGUUCCUCUCAGAUUGACUUCAGAUCAGAAGAUGAGUGAUUUGGAGGAUGAGGAGGACGGAGCAGAGUCUGUAGUAUCAGGCUGUCAGUCUAUGAAGAGUGACCGGUCCAGAUUUGAACCUCCGACCUUCAGUAAAGAACCUGGAACCUCAGACACAAAAGGGAGGAAGAGGGGUGAUGUUUGGGAGGAGGAGCAGCUGUCCUGCUGUGCAUCGUAUCAGGACUUCCUGCGGGAUCCAGUCUCUACCAGCUUUGGACACUGGUUCUGCAGACCGUGUAUCACCUCAUACUGGGACCAGGCUGCUUCAUCAGGAGACUCCUGCGGUCCCCAGUGGGGAGAAAGAUCCAGAACAAUGUACGCUGCUAAACAUGAACAUAAGAUCAGAGUGAAGAGGACAUAUGAACGUGUGACUGAAGGAGCUGAACAAACAGGAAGUGGAACCUUCCUCAGCAGGAUCUACACUGCAGUCUACAUCACAGACAGACUGAGUGAGGAGGUUAAUACCCAACAUGAGGUUCUGCAGCUGGAGACAUCUUCCAAGAUGAAGACCCUCCAUGACUCUCCAAUCAAGUGCAGCGACAUCUUUAAAGCCUCACCUGGCCAACAGGAACCCAUCAGAGUCGUUAUGAUGAUCGGCGUCGCUGGCGUUGGAAAAACCUUCUCAGUGCAGAAGUUCUGUCUGGACUGGGCCGAGGGGUUGGAGAACCAAGAUGUCGAUCUGGUGAUUCCUCUUUCCUUCAGGGAGCUGAACCUGAUCAAAGAUGAGCAGUACAGUCUUCUGGAGCUGCUCCGUGUUUUCCAUCCAACAUUACAGAAGGUCCCAGCAGAGCAGCUCGCUGCCUCCAGACUUCUCUUCAUCUUUGACGGCCUGGAUGAAAGCAGACUUUCACUGGAUUUCAACAACAAUGAGGCUGUUCCUGAUGUCACACACAAGUCCUCAGUCAACGUGCUGUUGACAAACCUCAUCCAGGGGAAGCUGCUUCCCUCGGCUCUCGUCUGGAUAACUUCCCGACCUGCAGCAGCCAAUCAGAUCCCUCCUGCGUGUGUUGACAGGAUAACAGAAGUACGAGGCUUCACUGAUGACCAGAAGGAGGAGUACUUCAAGAAGAGAGUCAGUGAUGAAGAGCUGUCCAGCAGAAUCAUCUCCCACAUCAAGACAUCCAGGAGCCUCUACAUCAUGUGUCUGAUCCCUGUCUUCUGCUGGAUCACUGCUACAGUUCUGGACCACAUGUUGACUACAGACCAAAGAGGAGAGCUGCCCGAGACCCUGACUGACAUGUACGCACACUUCCUGUUGGUUCAGACAAAGAGGAAGAAGCAGAAGUAUGCUGAGGGACAUGAGACGAGUCCAGAGCUGAUGGAGGCUGACAGGAAAGUUCUUCUGAAGCUGGGGAGGCUGGCGUUUGAACAGCUGGAGAAAGGAAACAUCAUGUUCUACCAAGAAGACCUGGAGCGCUGUGGACUGGAUGUCACAGAGGCCUCGCUGUACUCAGGAGUUUGCUCAGAGAUCUUCAAAAGAGAGAGUGUGGUCUUCCAGAAAACAGUCUACUGCUUCAUUCAUCUGAGCGUUCAGGAGUUUCUGGCGGCAGUCUACCUGUUCCACUGUUACACCAACAGGAACACACAGAUACUCACGGACUUCCUGGGAGAAGACUCGGCCUGUGACAACAGUGAACUGAAUGAUAGUAAUGACAACAAUUACCCAUCCCUGGAUGUCUUCCUGAAUAGAGCAAUGGAGAAAUCCCUCAGUAGUAAGAGUGGCCACCUGGACCUUUGGGUCCGCUUCCUUCAUGGCCUCUCUCUGGAGUCCAACCAGAGACUCUUAGGAGGCCUGCUGGGUCAGACAGACAACAGUCCAGAAAUCAUCCAGAGAUCUAUCAACAACCUAAAGGAGAAGAAAACCAAAAUUUCUCCUGACAGAAGCAUCAACAUCUUCCACUGUCUGACGGAGAUGAAGGACCACUCAGUCCAUCAGGAGAUCCAAGAGUUCCUGAAGUCAGAGAACAGAUCAGGGAAGAAACUCUCUGAGAUCCACUGCUCAGCUCUGGCCUACAUGCUGCAGAUGUCAGAGGAAGUUCUGGAUGAGUUGGACCUGGAGAAGUACAACACAUCAAUGGAGGGAAAACAGAGACUGAUUCCAGCUGUGAGGAACUGCAGAAAGGCUGUUUUGAAGACCUGCAGAUUGUCAGAGAUCAGCUGUGCUUCUGUGACCUCAGCUCUGAAGUCCAACCCCUCCCAUCUAAGAGAGCUGGAAAUGAGCAAUAACAUCAACCUGUAUGAUUCAGGAGUGGAGCAGCUGUGUGCUGGAUUGGAGAGUCCAGACUGUAGACUGGAGACUCUGGGAUUGAGGAACUGCACAUUGUCAGAGGUCAGCUGUGCUGCUCUGGCCUCAGCUCUGAAGUCCAACCCCUCCCAUCUGAGAGACCUGGACCUGAGCUACAACAACCUGAAGGAUUCAGGGGUAGAGGAGCUGUGUGAUGGACUGGAGAGUCCAGACUGUAGACUGGAGACUCUGAGAUUGGAGAGAUGCAGGUUGUCAGAGAUCAGCUGUGCUGCACUGGUCUCAGCUCUGAGGUGUAACCCCUCCCAUCUGAGAGAGCUUCACCUGAGCAACAACGACCUGAAGGAUUCAGGAGUGGAGCAGCUGUGUGCUGGACUGGAGAGUCCAGACUGUAGACUGAAGACUCUGGGAUUGGAGAGAUGCAGUUUGUCAGAGAUCAGUUGUGCUGCUCUGGCAUCAUUUCUGAAGUCCAACCCCUCCCAUCUGAGAGAGCUGGACCUGAGCUUUAAUAACAACCUGAAAGAUUCAGGAGUGAAGGAGCUGUGUGCUGGACUGGAGAGUCGAGACUGUAGACUAGAGACUCUGAGGUUGCGGUACUGCGGCUUGUCAAAAAUCAGCUGUGCUGCUCUGGCCUCAGCUCUGAAGUCCAACCCCUCCCAUCUGAGAGACCUGGACCUGAGCUACAACAGCCUGAAGGAUUCAGACGGGAAGCAGCUGUGUGAUCUGAUGAAGAGUCCAGACUGUAGACUGGAGACUCUGAGAUGGAGGUAGUCCUGAUCAGUCAGA